AUGCAAAUAAUAAAAGCAAGAGAUGGCUUCCUAUCUAACUUUGAGGUAUAUGACCACCUCAAAAAAAUCAAACACAAGUACAACUGGACAUUUUCUCCCGAAGAAGAGCUUGCACUCCAACAAGAACAACAAGAACAACAGCAACAACAAGACACUCACCACAAGAAACACAAUCACAAGCAAAAGAAUAGAUUUACCGCAUGUGGUAUAGAUUUGGAAGUAGUGACGCGAGAUGUACUUCAGUUUAUGGAAAACAAUGCCGAAAUAACCCAAGUUGACGUUGACAGUUUUAAACAACUCAUGUCUUUUUUGAACCAAUUGGAGUUGAUGAAGGUUGAAAAAUUACAAAUUGUAAACUGUUUGCCAAGGUCCUUGGUGGUAUUGUACUUGCUCGUCGAGGAUUGUGAAGAGAGAUUUAGUGUAGAUGUAUGUGAAGAGAUUGUGGGGAAGAUUAAUGAGUUAUUUCCUUUAGCAGAAGAGGAGGAACAAGAGGAGGAACAAGAGGAGGAGGACCAUGAGGUUGAUGGAGAAGCUGAAGAAGAUGAAGAAGAGGUAGCAGAUGAACAGAAUGAUGCAGAUAUGGAGUAG